AAUUCGUAGAUCAUACGAUCUUGUAAUAUCAACGAAUGAUAUCGGUUACGUUGACGUUUCAAAAGUGAAACGUUUCAAGAUCGAUCUUUCGAUCGUAUUUUCGGCAUCGUUCUUCAUGCUUAUUCGAAGCCUUUUAAUCAGGACGUUAAUUACAACGGUUAAUAAAAGUCACGAGGGUACAUCACGAAAAAUGAUAAGAUCGCGGACUCCGUAAAAUUGACGAUUUCCGAGACGUAUUCACGAAUGAAAUUAUCACUAAGACUAAUCUCCAUUUUAUGUGACUUUCGAUCUUCGUCUCGUUGACGAAACACGAAAAAUUAAGGUAAUAAGAUUCUAUUUAAAGAAACAAAAAUUUUUUAAAUCGAAACGACGAACGAAAAAAGAAAUAAAAACAAAAAAAAAAGAAAAAAAAGAAAAGAACAAAUAGUAAAAAGAAUUUCGCGAAGCUCGUGAAUUUUUAUUGCAUAAAGCGAAUCGUCAUCAAACAUGCGAUAUUAAAUCGAGGAAGAAGGUCUAGUGUAUCCUCGCCGUCUGCGAUAGUGCGAAAGGUUGAUCGCUCGAUCCAAGGUUAUCUAUGACAUUCAAAGACUAUACGAACGUGCAACGAGGCCAACUUAUGAGUUUUCGCUUGAACGAUAUUCAUCUAGAUGUAUACGUAAUUAUCGUUCUCACGAUCUAAACGAGAGGCAUCUUAAGAUUGUCAGUGUAAAUUACAAAAGUAUUUAACUCACUAUGGGACGGAAACACAAGCGUCGUUUAAUACCGGAACAGGAUCGCAGGAUAUGCGGCAGUAUCUGCUUUUGCCAAUUCACCAUUGUCAUCAGUUGUGUGGCUUUAGUUUACCUCAGCGUUGCGAUUUAUAUGCCGUCGCACAGAGCUUUUCAUGCAGGUAUAGAUCCCGAUCCGGUAAUGUGCCAAACAGUUAAUGCCACUCUAGUAAAUAACUGUAUAUGGGCGAGUUGCGGUGAAUGGUGUUUGACGAAAACUACCGGCUUUUGUCCCCAAAUUCACGCAACGGUCAGACAGAAUGGCACGGACGUCAUCUUUGAAAAUUGCACCAAGUUCAAUAGCAUCUCUUGUCCUCAAGUGAACAUGGGAAAUCUGAAGAAAUACAAUUGCAAUAAUGGCAGCGAAUGUAGCACACUCUCGGGUGUGUUCAAUUGCAGUUUAGGACAUUGCUCGAAUAUGAGCGAAUUGAUGCUUUGUCAUCAUAAGGCGGACGGUAUCAUGGUCGACAGUGAGAAAGAUAAUAUGAAACUUAAUGGCUUCUUCAGUUGCCAGAAUUCGAGAUGUACGAAAAUCAAGAAGCCUUUCUCGUGCGAUCGAUACUGCCCUAAGAUAAUCACGAACGAUAUCAACGUCUUUCUCAUGCAAGACGAUAACGUCAUCACGGCUAAGUGUUCUCAUGGCUUAGCACUGAAUAAAGCUAAUGGAAAUUUGCCUGGUACGAGACUAACAGAUCCGGUGAAGAUUUGGGAUGAAGAAAGUGGUAGCAUCGUUGCAAGUUGUCUAAUGGUUAGCAAAAAAGGAAACAUCAUUAGAACGGAAGAUUGCGUUAACGGCACGUCUUUGAAUAAAAUCACGAUUCCCGAACACUAUGUCAAUUUUACAAGUUUUCUCAAUAUUUACGAGGAAAGUCUUCAGUAUCCCGUCGAUUCAGAAAAUGCUUACAUGCCCGCCCAACGAUCACUUACAAUCUACAACAAUUCGCGUUUGUACAUCAACCUGGAGGGUUGCGUCAACACUCUUAAGGGUGAGUGUCGUGAUUUCCUUAAAAGUCACGGACGAGAUGGCGACAAUCAAACGGCUCAAAGUAGAUAUCCCUGUUAUUACAAAAAGAACGACUCGUUCUUUGUUGUGGCACGUUUCGAUCUGAACAAGACAAAAACCGAGUUGCUUAUCGCUAUCAUCGUACCGUCGGGACUUUUCGUUAUCAGCUUGAUAACCUUGAUUGUGAUAACUCGUUCAGUGCAAGUUGGCGAUGACGCUAAGAUGCGAUGUAGAUAUUGCACAGAGAAGAAUGAGGACGAGGGCGAGGACGAAGGAUUGGUUGAAGGUACACCUACUACUCCUCAAGAUCAUACCAAUGAGAAUGAGAUCAGAAGUAUGUCGCUCUAGCAGUUUACACCGCUCGGCAUGAGCAAUUCCUUGAAAUACGAAAGAUUGCCGUUGAUCGACACGGACGAAGCCGAAGAUUCUUUCUAAAAGGAAAACUAAAUCAAAUAGAAAAGAAUCGACAAAACAUCGAAAUACGUUUAUAGACGCAAGGAAAGUAAAAGCAAGGAAAUGAAAGAAAAAGCUAAGAUUACAGAUCUUAUUACACACAUCGUCUUCCCGACGCGAUAAUUCGAAUGAAAUUGAAUAGAAAAGAAAACAAAAGAAAAGAAAUGGAAAGAAAAGAAAAAAAA